AUGUCCACUGUCGACGUCGGAGCGGGCGUCAAGCCCCCACCGCCGACACUCCCGCAGCAAUCAGCACCACCACUCGCCGGAUCAGAUGGAAGCAAGUCUGGGGCGCCCGUGGCAGGCGUACCACAGCCCAACUCCAACUCGCCAUCAGUCGACUCGGCAGCCGCAAGCGCAAACUCGACCUCGCGCGUGCAGUCGCUCACUCUCGCCGUCGCGCAGCCCACGGCCAACUCGACAAGCUCGUCCAGAACAGCAGCGGGCAAGACGCAGGGGUACAGCGUCAUCACCAACUCGCAGGGCGCACAGACAACCGUUGUCGUGGCCUGCAACCCCAACUCGGAGUCGUGCCAGUCUGGGAGCGCACCUUCGACCAUGCCCAAGAGCACGCUGAUCGGUGCCAUUGUCGGCGGUGCCAUCGGUGGCCUGAUCAUCCUGUCUCUUCUCGGCUGGUUCCUCUGCCGCCGGCGCAGGAGGCGCAAGGAGGCCAACCGUCUCGAGUUCAACUACAUCCCCGACAUGCCCUCGCCUUCGCCCUCCUACUCGCGCAGCCACGGCCACGGCAGAAGCCCGACGCCCUCGGGAUCGCGCCGCGUCAUGGUCAUGCCUGGCUACGCCGGCGGCGAUGUCCAGGCUCACGGCUCGAUGAGGCGUACGGCUACGACCUCUCCCGGUCCCACCGUCGGCCGCAACCCUUUCAACACGCCCGAGGCUGUGCGCAAGCUGGACUCACCCCUCGCUACGCCGACCACGGCCAUGACCUCGCCUCGGCCCAUUUGGAAGCCGACCACGCCUGCCGAGCACAAGUCGAUGCGAGGCGAGAUCUUCACCCCGCCGUCCCCCGAGUCGCCCAUGCCUCCGCCUGAGCGUGUGGUCAGUGCCACCCCUGCUUCUCCGACAACUUGGCGCUUCGACCCCCCUUCGCCCGGAGGUGAAGGUGACGCGUUCUUCCUGACUCCGACGCCGCCUAACCGCCGCUUCGCCCCGUCCUUCCGCUCAGGCUACUCGAACAACGCGGCGCUCUCUGUCCACGGCAGCACGCAUGGCGCGCUCUCGACUCGCACGACUUCCACCACCGGCUCCCUCUUCCCGCCAGGCUUCGUGUUCGGCCCUCCGCCUACCACGCCUGCGGGGACACCUGCGCGCCCGAACGCGACCUUUGCGGCUAGCACAACGUCGGUGGUCAACCCCGAGUUCCCGCCGGGCUUCGUGUUCGGGCCCCCGCCGAGCCAGCGCACCCCCGCCACGUCGCCGCUGCGCGCAGAGUUCCAGCUCGACAAUCUGGCACCGAGGCAGGAGGACGAGAUGACGCGCCACUCGCAGAUCGGGCGCGCUUGGUAA